CAAAACCACAAAACCAUCACACUCACCCCCUUCUCUCUUUUUCUCUCUCACAGUCGCUCUGUCUCUCCCUCGCCCCCCUCCCCUAGCCGACAUAGGCGAUCUCCCGGCGUCAGCAUCUCCUCCCGCAGCUCCGGCCCGAUCGUCACCUCUUCCCCGCCCCGAUCGCCGGUGGGGAGGGACCGAUUUGUCUUCUUUCCGCCGGUUCGUCAAGAUUUCUGGCGGAUCUCCGCGUGGCCACCCGCAUCCCGCUUUCCAGCUCUUCCGAGCUCUGGUUUUCCAGCUGCCGGUGGAAUUAGGUCUUCGGACUAGUUCUUGAUGGAGCAGAUGUGGACCAUAUAAUUGUUUAACGUAGUCCCAUUAUGCUUGACGAGCACUUCAAUGAGACAAUUUUUGAUGAAAUGUCAGAGGCUACUCUUUGUUGUGAUAGUGCCACUUUUAAUGAGUUUAACCAACGCAAUAAGUCCAGAUGGUGAGGUGUUGCUUAGCAUUAAGACAGCAAUUGUUGGUUCAGAUGGUGUUUUCCUCAAUUGGAGACAAGAAGAUCCUGAUCCUUGUAGUUGGAGAGGUGUAACAUGUGACAGUAGUACUAAGAGAAUUAUUCAUCUGAGGCUUGCCUACCACAAGUUGAUUGGUUCCAUAUCACCAGAAAUAGGAAAGCUAAAUUACUUAAGGCUGCUAGCUCUGCAUGGCAACAGCUUAUACGGUGUCAUCCCUCCAGAACUAGGAAAUUGCACAGAGCUACAAUAUUUAUCUUUGCAGGGAAAUUACUUGAGUGGAAUUAUUCCACCAGAGCUUGGUAAUCUUUUGGAGUUGCAGAUUUUGGAUAUCUCUAGCAACACUCUGAGCGGAACCAUUCCUCAAUCUCUUGGUAACCUCACAAAAUUAACAUUAUUCAAUGUAUCAAUGAACUUUUUGACUGGAAGAAUCUCAUCUGAAGGUGCACUCUUCAAAUUUAAUGAGGCUUCCUUUAUUGGAAACCGUGGAUUGUGUGGAAAGCAAAUUGGUGUUGUCUGCAAGGAUGAGAUUCCAUCACCCUCAGGAGGUUCUCAACUGUUCUAUCCAGAUAACCUAAAGCACCCGUCAAAGAAUUCUGCUAAGCUUGUUACAAGUGCUGUAGCAACAGUAGGAGCUUUGUUGUUGGUGGCACUAAUGUGUUUCUGGGGUUGCUUCCUUUAUAAGAAGUUUGGUAAAGGUGACAUCAGUGGUCCUGCGAUGGAUGUUAGUGGAGGUGCAUCCAUAGUAAUUUUUCACGGGGACUUGCCCUACUCAUCAAAAGAUAUUCUUAGGAAACUAGAGACCUUAAAUGAGGAAAACAUCAUCGGUUCUGGGGGCUUUGGAACUGUAUACAAGCUUGCCAUGGAUGAUGGAAAUGUUUUUGCAUUGAAAAGAAUAAUGAAGACAAAUGAAGUCCUGGAUCGGUUCUUUGACAGAGAACUUGAAAUUUUGGGGAGCAUUAAACAUCGGUAUUUGGUCAAUCUUCGAGGAUAUUGCAAUUCACCUUCCUCUAAGUUGUUAAUCUAUGAUUUCUUACCUGGUGGAAGCUUAGAUGAAGUAUUACAUGAAAGAGCAGAACAAUUGGACUGGGAUGCACGCCUUAAUAUCAUCCUGGGCGCUGCAAAAGGACUUGCAUACUUGCAUCAUGAUUGUUCACCUCGAAUAAUACAUCGUGACAUCAAGUCCAGCAACAUAUUACUUGAUGGGAAUCUUGAAGCUCGUGUAUCUGAUUUUGGACUUGCAAAAUUGUUGGAGGAUGAAGAGUCACAUAUAACCACAAUAGUUGCUGGAACCUUUGGUUAUCUUGCUCCAGAAUACAUGCAGAGUGGUAGGGCUACAGAAAAAACUGAUGUGUACAGUUUUGGUGUCUUGGUGCUUGAAGUAUUGAGUGGAAAACGGCCAACUGAUUCAUCAUUCAUUGAGAAAGGUUUGAAUAUAGUUGGAUGGCUGAAUUUUUUGAUUGUGGAGAAUCGACAAAGAGAAAUUAUAGACCCUUUGUGUGAGGGUGUGCAGAGAGAAAGCCUAGAUGCUUUGCUUUCAGUUGCCAUUCAAUGUGUGUCAUCUUCUCCGGAGGACAGGCCGACAAUGCACAGAGUGGUGCAAAUGCUGGAAUCUGAGGUGAUGACACCAUGCCCUAGCGAUUUCUACGACUCGAACUCGGAUUGAGCUGCAUUACGCUUGCUGUCUGUUAACUCCUGUUUCUUGUGAAAAUGAAGUUGAUACAGCGGCGUCGUUAACGCAUUUUCACAAUUCAUUCA